AUGAGAGUAUCAGUCUUCGGCGCCUCGGGCGUCCAAGGCGCCGCCCAAGUUUCCGCCCUCUCCCUCGCCGGACACCACCCCGUAGCCGUUAGCCGCAAUCCUAAACCCACCAGCAUCGACGGCAAAGAGAUCGAAACCUGUGCCGCAGACUUCACGGACACUUCUGGCCUCAAACGCGCUGUCAAGGAUGCGGAGGCUAUCUUCCUCAACCUCCCUUCCACCUCUUUCCAGCCCGCCGACACCACCAUCGCCGCUGCUAAAGCGGUUGGUGAAGCGGCGAAGGGCUCUGAGAAGAAGCCGCUGAUUGUGUUUAAUACUUCCAUGCCUGUGCCGGAUGAAAGUAAAGGGAUCGAAGCGCAAGACCACCGUCGCGAAAUGCGCACCCUCCUACGCGAGAUGGGUCUACCGGUGAUUUCAAUCCAACCUGUCUGCUUCCUCGACAACCUGCUCGAAGGCUGGGCUUGGCCCCCGAUUCGGGACGAGCAGAAAAUCGUCUACUGCCAUAAACCCACUCUCGACGUCAGCUGGAUCGGACUUGACGAUGUCGCGCAGCUGAUGAUUGCUGCUAUGACGCGCCCGGAGCUCGCGGGGAGGAAUUUUCAGGUCGGCGGGUCGGAGAUUGUGAGAUUGCCGGGUUUGGCGCAGAGGUUGGGGAAGGCGUGGGGGAGGGAGUUGGGGGUGGAGUUUCAGACGGUGGAGGAUUUUUGUGAGAAGAUUGAGGCUGCGAUGAGCUCGAGGUCGGGUAUCGAUGGAGCGGUUCUCUCGGAGCAGAUGUUCAGGGCGUAUAGGUGGUAUAAUGACGCACCGGAGGAGCCGUUCAAAAUUGAUAUGGAGCCGGUGUUGAAGGAGUUGCCGGCCAAGUUGUCGACGAUUGAGGAGUGGGGGAGGAGACAUCGGCCGGAUGUGUUCAACGAGUCAAUCACAGGUCUAGACAGUGCACGAGCUUGUGUAUGA